AUGAUGGCACGACAGUUACUAUUGUUACUACUAUUGCUAUAUUCUCUCAUGUAUAACUUCUGUUGUUCGGAAGAGACAAUGAAAACUAGCGGUGACAUCAAUGAGGAAUCGAAUUUGACCUCUUCAAGACUUCUUUAUCAUACAGUACCUGAAGUGCCAAGGGAUUAUGCAUUAUAUUUAAAUGGGUUAACAGGAUUACGGUUAAGACUUAAUGACAUAUGCGGAAAAGAGAGGGAUGUAACAACGUGGAGGAUUUCAAUAGAAACGGAGUUCAAUGACGAACACGGAGCUCAUUUAGCAAUAUCAUUGACUCCAAAAUUAGCACCUGGAUCAUAUCAGAUCAGAAAUGAGAAACCUUAUCGUCUCGAUGAAUGGAUUCAAAUAGCAAUUGCAUAUGAUUCGCAUCAACUUUUACUUCACGUGAAUGGUGCACGUGUUGAUAAAUUGGUACGUGAGAUAUUGUCCCAGUUUGGUGUUCUUUAUUCGGAAAUCCGGAGUGCAUGCAAAAAAUUGUAUUUGGCGAUAGACAGCAGUGGUCGUGACCAAAUCGUCGGAUUUCGGGGUUAUAUUGGGAAACUGCGCAUAUCGGAUCGCUUUAUGAAUCAUUCAGAGUUAAUUCGAGAACAAUGGGAGGGAAAUGUCACUGAAGAGAAAUUUUCAGACUUCCGUCAUUGGAAACACCUUGGGAGUCAUUUGGGUAUACGAAAGCAAGAAAUCCUGCAGAAAGACAAACCACGAAAUAUAGAAAUACCUUAUUGUGGUCAGACUGUUUGCGAUAAUCCAACAGUUGAGAGCAAUUAUUUACAUCAAUGGAAUUUGCAAGCCGUCAAGAAAUUGAAAUAUCGGCAAUGUGAAUAUACGGAUGGUUCAGCGAUGCGACAACACGCCGGACUUCUGAAGGCUUUUGCGUCAUACAACAUCACAUGGGAUCUUGAAGUGAUCAAUAUCCGCAACACGUCUUUAAGACGUAAAACUAUUGUAUUUGGUUGUCGGUCAUCAGUGAUCGGUAACAAACGCUGUGACACUGAAUGUUGUCGUGCGAUUACCGGUGAUGACGGUGGUGAUUGCAAGAUGCGUUAUAUCAAUGUCGAAGAAUACAAAGCAGUAGUUGGAGUAGACAACGAGAAUGGAUUGACAGUACAGUUUGGUGGAAUACUACUUCGCUAUGAUCGUUUCGGGACACCUGGACAAAUCAAUAAUUUAAUUCAUGAGACUGGCCAUAUUCUCGGUCUUUGGCAUGUUCAUCACGGGACCAGUGAAGUACCAUGCAGUAACCCCUGUAGGGAAAAAAUACCUUCUAUGGUGACUGGUGAUAUGCUAAGCGAUACGAAUCCAACGGUUAAAAAUACAGCGCGUGCUGACCCAGAAACAGUUGAUCCAUGUGAUGCAACUCAACGAUUUAAAAGUACACCUUUCCGGAAUUACAUGAGUUACAAGAUGUGGGCAUCACCAUUAAGCAGUAUGAAUUGCGGUCCACGACAAAAAGGUGUACAAGAAACGCAUUGCACCACAGACAGACGUGUCAUACAAUAG